UACAAACAAGAGAACCGGAAGACGCCCUUAAGAAACGUGGCGGCGUUUAGCCUCACGGCGGUUGCCUCAGGAUCUCAAGAACCCUGCUCCAUCAGUUGGCCGCUGCCUGGUCCUCAAAAGAUGACGCUGUCCCGUCCACUACACUGCACCGAGGACUAAGUUAUCUGCCCCUAACUACGAUGGCGGCGCUGGCCGGUUUGGCUUUUUGCCCCUAGGAAAGAUGGCCGCCAGGCGGCUUCACCCCGUUUCUCGCCACCCCGGAAGACGGGGCCCGGCGAUUGGGCGGUGCCCGGAGGCUCCGAGAAGAAGGCCUUCGGCGGUUGGGCAGUGUCGGCCAAGGCUGGUUUUAAAGGAGCCGGAGGUUGGAGCUGUGGAAGACCGGGGAUCCGCGGGAGGCGGCGGCUGCAGCCUGGGAGCCCCCAGGGACCCCUCGGAGCCGCCGCUUCCCCCAUGGACUUGACCCGGGACGCCAGCCGCCCUGGCCAGUCGAGUCUGUGCCGGCAGCCCCUGGCUCGAACACUAUGGGGAGACAGAAGCCCGAAACGGCCGAGGCUGCAGCCCCUGGGAACCCCUUCGCCCCUGGAAAAGGCCUCUCGGCGGGUCCUGGCCGUGGUAUUGGAAGAUGUUAUGGCUGCCCACAGGGUUCCCCUGGUGCCCGGGGAGGAGCCCUUCCAUGCCCGGCGCCACAGCAGGCACCAGGAUCCCGUGCACAGCCAAGCACCUGUCUCGCCUCCCCGACCGGCCGCGUGGUCCUCGCAGGCCAGGCCCCCCGACCCGCUGCAUCUGUGCCGACAGCCCCUGAGCCACACCCACCUGUCCCCUCCCACCUUGAAGCGGCGAGCAAAGACAAUCCUUGGCCCAGAGGAGGGGCCUUCACGAAAGGGGGACCAGGCCCGCCAGCCCACACUGGUGGUGAUGCUGGAGGACAUUGCCGGUCCCAGACCCCCAGCUGAGGGUUUCGCCAGUGAAGGCACCAGCUUCCUCACCCCAGAGCAAAGAGCUGAGCCUGUGACCACGGUCCACCGGCCGGGGGCGCCUCUCCACAAGGACCUGGAACCCCUAUUCCAGCCGUCUGCCCUGCCUGCAGACCCUCCGGAGAGCCCACCACGGGCCCCAGAUCCUGCUCUGGAGCCCCCACCGACCCCACCGCCACCGUCCAGCCUUUUACGCCCCCGCCUCAGUCCCUGGGGCUUGGCCCCCCUCUUCCGUUCCGUCCGCUCCAAGCUGGAGAGCUUUGCUGACAUCUUCCUCACACCCAACAAAGCGCCACGGCCCCCACCCCCCUCACCCCCCAUGAAGCUGGAGUUGAAGAUCGCCAUCUCAGAGGCUGAGCAGGCGGGGGCUGUGGAGGGCACUGCAUCCGUCAGCCCCCGGCCCCCUAUCCGCCAGUGGCGCGCUCAGGACCACCACCGCCACCACACCCCAGCAGCCCUCCCUAAGCUCUCUCUGGGCCGAAGCCACUCCUGCCCUAAUCUGGGGCCCCCUGGCUCAGGCACCUGCACCUGGCCCCCUGCUCCACCGCCAGCGAGCCGGCCACGGCCUCGGCGGCACACUGUGGGUGGUGGGGAGAUGGCCCGAGCCCCACCACCCCCUCGGCCCUGUCUCCGGAAAGAGGUCUUCCCUCUCGGAGGAGUGGGAGCCGCCCCAUCUUGCUCGUCCACUGUAUCCACUUCCUCCUCUUCGGAACCGGCAGAAGCCAGAUUGGGCUCAACCAAGGGGAAGGAGCCACGAGCCUCAAAGGACAAGGUGCUUUCCGACCCUGAGACCAAGACCAUGGGGAAGGUUUCUCGAUUCCGAAUCCGCAGGACACCAGCCCGGUCUCAACUCAACCUGACCCCGAUGGGGCUGCCCCGGCCAAUCAGGUUGAAUAAGAAAGAGUUCAGCUUGGAAGAAAUUUACACGAAUAAGAAUUACCAAUCCCCCACAACCAGGAGGACUUUCGAGACCAUCUUUGAGGAGCCCCGGGAGCGCAACGGGACUCUGAUCCUCACCAGCUCCAGGAAGCUCCGGCGGGCUGUAGAAUUCCGAGACGGCAGCCUCCCUCGACCGCGGCGGCCCUCCCGGGGGGUCCGGGCUACGGCCGGCAGGACCCUUACGCCCUCCCUGACGCCCAGCCCGGACGUGGAACCCCUGUUGCAACAGCGGCUCGAGGAGCUGGACGCUUUGUUCCUGGAGGAAGAAGUGGGCGGGGAGCAGCCCCAUCGGACCUAGGAGCUCCGUCCACCCGCCUGUCCGUCCGUCUCGGAGGGAGGGAAAACCCUCCGAGGCAGUUAUAUUUUUUUCUCUAUAUUUCUAGUAAAGUUUUCGAUAUGUUUCUGA